AUGGAAGAAGAGUUCGAGGAGAUUGAGGUAGAAUACGCGCCUCUAUGUGGGAAUCACGAAAUUGAUAUUGAUUAUGAGUUCGACGCUCCUCAAUUCUACGAUUUCUCUCAUCUAGAAGCGUUUUGGGAUGCCGCGGAAGCAGAGGAAUGGUUUGAAUUCGCCGCUAGUGAUCCACCUUCACCAUUUCUCGUGAAGUUGAGAUGGGGAAAUUCCGGUGCAAUGGAAAGUGUGAAUAUCAUUACUGAAAACUCUGGUCCUUGCGUGGAGCCUGGACAAAUUUCAGCCAUUGAGCAUGAUGAUAGCAGAGAUUUGUUAAAUGGUAAGACAAAGCAUCUGAGGAAGUCUAGUCGAUCAAACUCAAAAGAUUUCUCUUUUAUGAGACCAACAGCAAGUCAUUUGGCCAAGCAGAAGAACCCUUCAGAAGACCAAACCCCUCGAGAUUCCAGAAGGUUUCAGAGACAGAAUUCUUCUUCCCCAGAUGCCCAAUUAACCAAAAGGCAGAAGCUUGAAGCUGGUUACUUGCGCACGGUUGCUCGUUUGAAGCAUCAAAUUCUUUUUACACAUAAGAAAACUCAUGAGGUUGAUGGUAAUGACAUCAAUUCAUCGUCUAAAACAAACGUUACCAUUCCUAAAGAAUCUAAUUUGGUGACAUCUCAAAGGGCACAAAGACACAAGUCUAAAACUAAUGCUCAAUCAGAUGGAACUACAGUGUCAAGUUCUCAAGUGCUUAAAGCACGCUCUUUACAUAAAAAAAUUUUGGAGGGUCCCUCAAAACUCUUUCCCAAGAUCAAAACACAGCGACUAACAGAAUUUCAAGUAUUCCACUUGAGAACAUCAGAGAGGGCAAUGCAACAUACGUCUAAUAAUGCCAGAGGUAAUUUGAACUGCAUUUCUAUCUCAAAUACUGAAACAAGGGAUCUCAAAAGCACAAACUCUGGCUCAAAGCAAGAGAAAUGUAGAACGAUUAACAAACUCCGAGGUAGCACCGAUGAUAAGCAAUUCUCAAGUAAUGGGGAAAGAGGUGUCUUCCGAACUGUGAAAGUAUUUCCACUGGAAUCAAACGACAAGAGAUCUCUAAAUGAACCACCCACAGAAUUAUUUAGCAAGCUCUCCAUUGCUUCUGAAAAACAAAAUACAAAAUCACCAUCAAAGGAGAAGCCAAUUUCUAAGGGCUUGAAAGAGAAUAGACCAGGAUCCUUGAGACAGGGGCAUGAGAAAAUGAAUUUGAUCAAAGAAGGAAUUCAGAGACCAUGUGGAAAGGAGUAUCAAUGUGUGAGUGAAAUGGGAUCCAUCAUAUCAAAGCAGACCUAUAUGCUGGCAAGAGAUUGGACAUUAGCUGAAAAUAGAGUGGGGGUUCUCCUAAUUGAUGCUUGUUAG